CGGGGAUGAGGGCGGCGCAGCCGCAGCGCCGGUGGAGGGGCGCGCGGCCGCGAGCAAAGGAGGGAGGGAAGGAAGGAAGAGAGGGAGGCGGGCAAGCAGGCGGGCGCGGGGGUCGGGGACUGAGGCAGUAGAGGGAGGCGAGAGCCCGGCAGCCGCUUCGCGCUGUUUGCUGCGCGGGCUUUUGGAGGGGGCGGCCGUUGAGUCGGCUGAGGAGAAGCGGACACCAGCACCGUUGGUGAUAGCGCCUGGGGGAGGGGGACUGGAGAGGCAAGAAGGGGGGUCGCUGCGGUGGUUCUCUCGCUGUCGCGCUCUCUUUGCCUCGCUCCCGGCUCGGCGGGCUCCUCCCGGCGUUUCUCUCGCCUCCGGGGCCCCGCUCCCCGCCCCCCGCGGUAUGUCUUGAUCCCGAGCAGCGGGUUUCAUGGGGCUCCUCAGGAUUAUGAUGCCGCCCAAGUUGCAGCUGCUGGCGGUGGUGGCCUUCGCGGUGGCGAUGCUCUUCUUGGAAAACCAGAUCCAGAAACUGGAGGAGUCCCGCUCGAAGCUAGAAAGGGCUAUUGCAAGACAUGAAGUCCGAGAAAUUGAGCAGCGACAUACAAUGGAUGGCCCUCGGCAAGAUGCCACUUUAGAUGAGGAAGAGGACAUGGUGAUCAUUUAUAACAGAGUUCCCAAAACGGCAAGCACUUCAUUUACCAAUAUUGCCUAUGACCUGUGUGCAAAGAAUAAAUACCAUGUUCUUCAUAUCAACACUACCAAAAAUAAUCCAGUGAUGUCAUUGCAAGAUCAGGUGCGCUUUGUAAAGAAUAUAACUUCCUGGAAAGAGAUGAAACCAGGAUUUUAUCAUGGACACGUUUCUUACUUGGAUUUUGCAAAAUUUGGUGUGAAGAAGAAACCAAUUUACAUUAAUGUCAUAAGGGAUCCUAUUGAGAGGCUAGUUUCUUAUUAUUACUUUCUGAGAUUUGGAGAUGAUUAUAGACCAGGGUUACGGAGACGAAAACAAGGAGACAAAAAGACCUUUGAUGAAUGUGUAGCAGAAGGUGGCUCAGACUGUGCUCCAGAGAAGCUCUGGCUUCAAAUCCCGUUCUUCUGUGGCCAUAGCUCCGAAUGCUGGAAUGUGGGAAGCAGGUGGGCUAUGGAUCAAGCCAAGUAUAACCUAAUUAAUGAAUAUUUUCUGGUGGGAGUUACUGAAGAACUUGAAGAUUUUAUCAUGUUAUUGGAGGCAGCAUUGCCCCGGUUUUUCAGGGGUGCUACUGAACUCUAUCGCACAGGAAAGAAAUCUCAUCUUAGGAAAACCACAGAGAAGAAACUCCCCACUAAACAAACCAUUGCAAAACUACAGCAAUCUGAUAUUUGGAAAAUGGAGAAUGAGUUCUAUGAAUUUGCACUAGAGCAGUUCCAAUUCAUCAGAGCCCAUGCCGUUCGAGAAAAAGAUGGAGACCUCUACAUCCUCGCACAAAACUUUUUCUAUGAAAAGAUUUACCCUAAGUCGAACUGAGUAUAAGGUGUGACUAUUGGAUUCUUGAACUAAAAUUUGACCCUGUCUUCACCUUUGUUCUCAGCUCCACAGUCUGGAUUGCUGACAGUAGGUGUAUGUGACAAUUUGUAUUGAGCCAAAUUAGGAAACAGACAGUAACGUCAAGAAAGUAGAUACUGGCUGGCAUUGUCAGUGUUCUAAGUUUCAGGCAUUUUUAUUUUUCCUGGGUAAACGUUGGUGAAAGUUAUAACCUCCUGCCUGGGAGAAAAUAUACAUCACCUAAAAUGAACUUAUGGCAGGUCUAAUCAAAGGUUAAAUACAAUUUCAGAAAAGGUUCUGAUACUCUUGUUUUUGAUAAAGCAUUUUUUCAACUAACCAUGAAUGAAGAUGAGUCCAUUUGCCUCUUCUGCCUUCACUGAGGGUUUGGGUUAUACACCUCUACUGAAUUGUGUUAAUAACUGUUUGGCAGUGUGUACUUUGUUUUUGUGAGUCAUGUCUCAUGAAAUUUAUUGGAAUGUUUAAUCAUAUUUGCUAAGAAAUGUUUCUGCUGUAGUUGGAUUUGCCCAUAUUUAUGUAGGUGGUUUUAAUUUUUUAAAUGGUGAUUAGUGUUAAAAAUCAAUUUAAAUCAUGACUAAUAUGGUAAAAAGAUAAAGCAUCAAAGCAGUAUUUCUCAUUCCUGCCUCCUCAAUAUCUAAUAUUGGGAAGAUACUUCAAAGAAUAUUGAGAUUGUCUGAAGUUUUAGUUAAGAUUUUCACACAUUAAUAUCAAAAAAGUAAGUUUAGUAUUUGUUUCUCCAUGGGUUAUUUGUAAAGCUGUAAACUGAGAUAUCGGUGACUCCGUAUUAUGACUCCAUUAGUGAGCUGUGGUAUGGGUAGGAUUUUCCUACUUCUUCUGUACUUUUACCUGUAGACUAUUUUUACUAAGGUGCUUUAUAAUGUGUUUUAAAGCAUUGCAUUUACAAAAAAAGGAAAAUGCUGUAAAUAUUGCAUAUUUUAUGUAUUUGGACCAAAAGGUUACAAGUAAUUAGACAAAAGUGGUUUUGCACCAAUUUUAUGUCAAGUAAAACCAUCAGACCUACUGUUCUUGUAUUUCUCAUUUAACUUUACUGUUAAGACAUCACUGAAAUGAACUUCAGUAAGCUUUCAAUUUUGAUACACAGUUCAUUAUUCAUAACUUGAGGCAGUAAUUACAGUGGAAUGAGUACUGGACAAGGAGUCAAAAAACUUGAUUUCAGGUCCUAGCUCUACCACUUACAGCUGUGUGAUCUUGGGCAAGUCACUUAACCUCUCUUUGCCUCAAUUUCCUCAUCUUGAAAUGAGGAUAUUAAUACCUGCUGUACCUACCUCACAGGGCUGUUGUGAGGAUUAAAUGAGAUGGCAUGUGAAAGCACUUUGAAAAUUGUAAAGCGCUAUAUAAAUGUAAGGUAUUAUAGAAACAUCUUUAACAUAUAGUUUCAUACCAUUCAUUUUUUAACAAAGAAAGGGAAAAGUCUGCUUGUAAGCUGGUUGAAAAAGUUAAUCUUGAUAUAAAUUUGUGUUUGAUAAAUAUCCUCUCAGUGUUUUAUCUUCCAUGUUUCAACAACUAUUGAAAUAUGAAAUGCCUGUAAACUCUUAAAGCUUCAUGAGCAGCUGCUUGAGUUCAGGAAGUUCACUGUUAGAAAUAGGCUUUGUUAGCUGACUAGGGUCAGGGAAACUUUGCUCUUCAAAUUUGAAAGCUGUUUCUAUUUUACAUUACUAUUCAGAAAUGGUAGCUAUUCUAUACCUAUGGUUUAAGUAAAUAUUUCUGAAUAAGGCUUCACCAUACUGUAAGCAUUUUAGGUAGAUUGCCUUAAAGGUUAUGGGAGGGCAUGAGGGAACACUUCUUAUGAGAAAACAUUUAUAAACAAAAGAAACAUUUAUAAACUAAAGAAAAACUAAAAGAAUGACAGAACAAUCAUCUUAGCACCCUUUCCUCGCAAUAAUAUAAAAAUAUUAAAAGAACAUAGGCAGGCUUUUUUUAAAUUUGGCUUUUUUCUUUCCUUUUUUCAAAUUGACUUUUAUAGGUAUUUCCUGAAAGUGUAUACAAAUUAUUUCCUCGCCCAAAAUAAAGCACCACUUCAAGGUAUGGUUUGACAUUACCUGCUAAUGAACAAACCCCAGUAUGCAAGUUAUUCUUGCACCACAUGCUCAAAUCUUCUUGAGGUGCAUUAACUCUUUUAGGUAACUAGAGCAGUACUUGGUGAACUAGAUCAGGAGGUCAGUAAACUUUCUGUGGAAGGGCCAGAGAGUAAAUAUUUUAGGCUUUGCAGCCCAUACAGUCUCUGUCACAGCUAGUCAACCCUGCCAUUGUACCACAAAAGCAGCAAUAGACAUUAUGUAAACAAAUGAGCACAGUUAUGUUCCAAUAAAACUUUAUUUACAAAAACAGAUGACAUCCCAGAUGCAGACCAUGGGCAACCAACCAUUGCACUGGCUAAAUCAUUAUUUAUGGAGAAAUCAUCUUUGUGUCUGUACUCUAGAUGCCUAAAAGAGUUUAUAUACUUCUAAAAGCUCCUAACUUAUAUCCAAAGAAUUGCUUUCUGAUUCGUGUAGUCUCUCCCACAGAUUCAUAAACUUUUAUGACUUAUAUUGUUUCCAGGUGGGCAUGGUUUAUUUCCCAGUUUAACAGUUCAGAAUAGGGGCAUUUAUUUUAUCAUAUUUUAGUGUGGGUUAGGAGUAUCCUUUCUGGAUACUGAGAAAGGGGUGUAUUUAAUUCCAUCAGGUCCAGUACAGUACUAGGAGUCAUAAUACUUUAUAAUCAAUUAAAUAAAUAGAACCACUGAGACAAUAAUGUAUUUUUUUAAAGUGGCAAAUGUGGUUUUCUUUUUUCAGCCUUUGCGCUUUUUCAGUAUUUUGACCUUAGGGAGAUAAUUUUUUUAUAAUACAAAAGUAAAUUAACCACUUGGAAUUUUAAAGAUAAUGUUAUGUGUGUAUGUGAAAUAUAUAUACAUAUAUAUAUAUGUUUAUUUCCUAAAAGAAGAAAAGAUACCUUUCUGUUCAACUUGUAUCAACUCCUGUUUUCUAAUUGCUGUGAAAUGGCAACUGUUGAUAAAUUAUUGUGAUUGUUUUAAAAUCUAAUGGGAAGUAAAAUAUAUUUUGAUUUUACCCAGCUUAAUCUGUAAAGUAGCACUUAAAUAUAUGAUAGCAACACUUAA